GGCCUGUAUCAGUGAUACGACUUGUCAUGUGCAAACACACAAUGUACUGUACAGUAACAGAAAAACUCUUAUUUUUGUAAACUUUUCACCCCCUUUCUUUCUAUGCAGGUCAGGUUGUGUGAAAGUAGCGCUGAGGAGAAGCUCCGAUUGGAAUCGCAAAGGCCUUCUCAUGUGAUGAAUCAAAAUGACAAUGCAACGUUGCAAUUUGCACAUGUUUUUGAGAGGGGCAAGGCCGAGAAAGAGAGAGCGCCAGAGAUCUUGAUCGAGCUUCCAGGAGAGGAUAUGUACCAGGGAAUCAUGACCACCAACCACGGACAUCCAUCUUACGAGGCCGGCUUCCUCCACAACAGCUCGUCGGCCACGUCGCCGGUUUACGUGCCGACCACCCGGGUGGUCACGCAGAUGAUUCCCGGCCUGCCCUACCUCCAGUCACCCGGCGCGUCGCAGCCGGGCACGCCGGUGUCCAGCCACUCCGGCUGGGCUCAACCGGGUGUCGAGUCCUCGUACAACCACUCGUCGGUGUCCCCGCGGUUCAGUUUCUCCGCAAGCCCGCCUCUCUCCUCCGUCGGGGCGAAGGAGCAAGCGGCGGCGGCGGCUGCUGCCGCGGUGGCCGCCUCCUCGUACGGCAGCCCGCUGAGCAUCUCUGCUAAUGGGCGAGAGCACUACGGCGCCCGGGGGCUCGGCGGCUCCUACCACAGCCCUUACCCGGCGUAUAUGAGCACCAACGUGGGCGGAACGUGGUCUGCGUCGCCCUUCGAGAGUCCGGUGCUCCACGGCCUCCAGGCAGGUGCUCCAACUGGCGGGACGCGACAUCCGAAUAUUGACCUUUUUGAUGACUUCGCAGAGGGCCGAGAGUGCGUCAACUGUGGGGCCAUGUCCACGCCGCUAUGGAGGCGGGACGGCACGGGCCACUACCUGUGCAAUGCCUGCGGGCUUUACCACAAGAUGAAUGGCAUCAACAGACCUCUAAUCAAGCCCCAGAGGCGACUAUCGGCCUCCCGGAGGGUGGGCCUGUCUUGCACCAACUGUCACACCACCACCACAACCCUUUGGCGACGAAAUGCUGAGGGAGAGCCCGUGUGCAACGCCUGCGGCCUCUACAUGAAACUGCAUGGGGUCCCGCGGCCUCUCGCCAUGAAAAAAGAGGGCAUCCAGACCCGCAAGCGCAAACCCAAGAACCUGAACAAGAGCCAAACUGGGCCUCUAAACAACGAGGGGACUCCGAUGACACCAAACAACACUCCCCGGGGCCCCGCCUCCUCUUCCUCUUCCUCCUCCUCCUCUUUGGGCACAUCCUCCAUGUCCGAGGAGGCCCGGCAGAUAAAGACAGAACCGGACACUCUCAAUUUAUACGCACACAACGGCACACACACGCAGAUCUCAGCUCUGCCCGCCUACAUGACGGCUCAAGGCGGGACCCUCGCUCUGAAGAUGCCCCCUGGGGGACACGGGGGCUCUUCGGGCUCAAAAGCCGAGCCAUGGAACAACCUCAUCCUAGCUUAGAAAGAAAAAUGGGCGUGGACUGAAAGAGGCGGAGCGUCAAAGAGCAGCACUGUGACAAGGUUCUUCCAAGUGAGGAGUGUUUUGAUUUGAAAACAGCGUUUUGACAGUUGAUGGAAACACAAGGCUUCAUGUCCAGUUCAGCAGGUGACGCAAGAAACAGGUCAGAGUUAAAUUUCCAAGUCAGUAUUGACGCAUCUGCUCAGUCAACAUUGCACAUGCCAAAUGUCAUACGUUGAAAAGUUGCAACAUUUCAGGGUAACUUUGGAAUUUUUAGUCACAGGAUAUAUUAUCUUCAAACCCUUUAAAAUGAGAACUUUUUUCUUUUUUUUUUUAAUCAUUGUGUCCGCAAUUUUUGUGGAUGUUUGGUUAAGAUCCAAAAAUUAUGAGCAAACCAUUCCGAUUUUUUUUUAAAGGAAUUUUUGGAUGUCAAAAUGACACAAAGUAAUAAAACGAAAUAUCCAAUGUAUUUUGUAGAUUUUGACCCAAAAGUUUCAUGUGCUUAAAUUUUGGGCUCUGUUUUCGUAGACAGCGCAAGCAGACUGACUAAGUUUUCUUUAAUAUACUAUAAUUUGGUGUGUCCCUAACCGUGUUGUUGACGUUGAUUCAAAAAAAUUUCGUUGUUUUUUUUUGUCUUGCAAUUCAGAAUUUUACAAUGUUUUUUUUCUUUUUUUUCGUUUUUGUAUUUUUUCCUUUUACCAGUAAAAGCAGAUUUUACCAUGCAUUGUUUUUAUGGCUAGGACGUUUCACAAAAUAAACUAAACUUAACCCUUAAUUUAUAAAUAUUACUGCAUAUCUUAAUCUAGUAAAUAUUAGAUUAUUGCUAUGAUUGUUAUCAUUAUUAUUUUAAUGAAAAUAUGAAGUGCUACAGAAAAAAAGGGCAGAUUUGGUAUCAGCGCAAAUACUUGAUCUAACACAGAUUACUAGCAUCUCAGAUAAAAAUAUUUUUAAAAAAUGUGUUGACCAGUGUUAUCAAACGCAACGAAAGCAGGUCUAAGUUGUGGCGCAGGUGAAGUAAUGUGAUUUUAGUGGAUUUGAUCAAGGUGCAGGCAGACAGAUUCUGAGCUCUGCGGGUAUGUGUGGUGGAUGUUUUCAUAUUUCAUUCAUAAAUAUAACAACAGUGUGCAUCAAACCCUCUGUAUCAUUGUAGAAAUCAAUUCAUUGAACGCAUUAUGAUUAUUAUCAUCUUGAAUAUGUUUUUGAAAGCACCCCCCUUGGCUCCGGCACAGUUAUGGGAUGCUUGAUCGAGGGUGGAAGACGUCUAACUCCCGAAAAUACCCAAAGAAUGAAAACUCCACUCAAGUGCCCAAUUGGACUUCGCGUUGCGCUAGACGUGCACCAGGCACGAAAACAGAGCCCUUUGUGUCAUUGUCCACUCAUUCCUCAAGCGAAAAUUAGGUUCUCGCUUUCGGAAUCUUGUUCUACGAUUGGAUUUCUUUCCAACGGCACAACAUACCAACUGUAAUCAGUUAAUUGUCAUGCAGCUCGGUAAACUCAAGGUCUCAUUGUGUAUAAUGAUUGUACAGUAUUUUUAUUUUUUUUGUGGCAAGUGUGUAAAUGUGGUAUACUAUAUUGCUGCAUGUAAUUAACCCCAAAGCGGCAACUUUUAUCUACAUGUAUGUAAGGGCUCUCCACUCCAAUUUUUAUAUAUAUGUAUAAAAUCACCAUUUGGGCUAUAUUGCAAAAACCCAGAAGAUGGAUUUGGAUGCACUCAAUCGAGACUACCUAUACUACCGUCUCUUUGUGGCUGCAAUGUCAGACACAGCGGGUCACAAUGAAAAUGUGCUGAGUUGACAUGUGGCGUCAUUCAUGUUUAAUAAAGGCAAAGCGACCUCCAGUUUCAGUC